AUGGCUGGAAGUAUCUUGAGACAUUUUGUUUAUUUAGUCCUGGUGUUGACCGUCUCUUGUCAAGCCGAUGAUUAUACCCAAUACGUUGACGUAUUCAUAGGCACUGAUGGGGGAGGGAAUGACUUCCCAGGCGUUUCGCGUCCUUUUGGCAUGGUGAAACUAGGUCCCGAUGUUCUCAAUGGGAAGAAUGAUGCCUACUCAGGUUACGCAAGCACUGGAAACUUCUCAGGAUUUAGUCUGAUGCAUGAGCAAGGCACUGGAGGAGCUCCAAAGUACGGCACAGUUACUCAAUUGCCUCUAGUUGGUAACAUCUCCGAUCCAUUGUCCAAUAUUACGGUUGGACGCAAUGGGACCGACCAAGCCUCCGUGGGCUACUACAAUGCGUGGACAAACGAAAGUGUGAUGAUUGAACUGGCCGGUACACAUCGGGCCGGAAUGUUUCGUUAUACUUUUCCUAGCUCUGAUGACACAAAAAAUGUCUUAGUCGAUGCCUCGCACUUUCUUCCUGAUUUUCGUGGUAGUGGUCUUGCGCAGACAUAUCAAGGCGGUAAUAUCACUGUCUUCAAUGACGGUCACUACGAGGGAAAUGGGGCGUAUAACAACGGAUGGAAUCGUUCUCCAGACUGGAGUAUAUAUUUUUGUGGCUACUUUGAUACAACGAUUACAACCAAUACUACGUACAAUGCUACUGAUUCGACUGGUAGUAUUGCUCAGUCCAGUGGAUCAGCAUUCUCCAACUCUUCCGAGACCAGAGUAGGAGCUCUCUUUUCCUUCAACAGUUCCGAUGUUGUUUCUCGCGUGGGAAUUUCAUGGAUAUCAACAACUCGGGCAUGCCAAAACUUGGAGAACGAGAUUCCACCCAACAGCAAUUUUACUCAGCUCAUCGAAGAAACAAAAACAGAGUGGAACAACGAUGUCUUAUCAAAAAUUAAGACUUCUGCGACAAAUACAACAAGUUUACAACUGCUCUAUAGCUCACUUUACUUUAUGCACUUAAUUCCAACAAACCAAACAGGCGAGCAACCAGCAUGGAAUUCGACCGAACCUUACUACCAAGACAUUUUCACAUUUUGGGAUCUCUUUCGUUGCGGAACGGCCCUCAUGCAUGUUCUUCAGCCCGUCGCGUACGAGGAACAACUCCGCUCGAUCAUUGACAUCUGGCGCAACGAGGGUUAUCUGCCAGACGCACGAUCAUCCAACUACAAUGGUCGCACCCAAGGGGGAUCCAAUGCAGAUAACGUGCUUGCCGAUGCAUACGUGAAAGGGGUCCGGGGUCAGAUCAACUGGCAUGAUGGCUUCGCUGCGAUGGUCAAGGACGCAGAAGUACAACCUAAUAAUACCGACCCUGUGGACCCACAGGCCCCUGAUUCAUCCACCAAAGAAGGGCGUGGAGCACUUCCAGACUGGUUGGAAUAUGGGUUUAUUAGUCCCAACUAUACCCGUUCCGUAUCUCGGGCGGUUGAGUACGCAUACAACGACUUUUCUUUGUAUCAGGUAGCCAAAGGGCUGGGAGAACAAUCGGACCAAUACCUCAACCGGUCUCGCAAUUGGCGCAAUCAUUUCAAUCCUGAUGCCACUGCUCUGGGGUUUUCUGGAUUCGUCACCGCCCGGAAUCUUUCUGGAUUCCAGGAAACAGACGUUAUGGACAGCACCGGAUAUUGGGGGGAUCUGUUAUACGAAGGUAGCGCGUGGGCAUACUCAUUCACUGAUAUCCACGAUGCAGCAGCUAUGAUCGAUCUUAUGGGUGGUUCGACUGCCUUUGAAGAGCGCCUGAACAAAACCUUUGAGGCUGGGGCUAACGACGGAUCGAACAUUUUUGACCCAACGAAUGAACCUAUGUUCGCAGUCCCCUAUCUGUACAACUACAUCAAUCGGCCGGAUCUCACAGUGCUUCAAUCUCGCACAAUUGCCAAAUCCAAUUACUCCACGAGCAGUAGCGGACUUCCUGGAAACAGUGAUGCUGGUGCAAUGCAGACUUGGCUGAUAUGGAACAUGAUUGGCUUGUACCCAGUGACUGGUCAAAAUACGUUCCUAAUUCACUCACCGUGGUUUGAUGAGAUGGUGAUCGAUCUAGGAUCCGGAAAGGAACUAAACAUCACAGCCACUGGAGGCGAUAAUAACGGAGAUAGCCAGUAUUAUGUACAGGAGCUUCGAGUGAACGGUCAAAGCUGGAACCAAACUUGGCUGACAUGGCAAGAUGUUUUUGAGGAUGGAGGAAGUCUAGAAUUUGAGUUGGGUGAUGAACCACAGCAGUGGGCAAUGGGCCCAUUGCCCCCAAGCCCAGCAUCCGAGAGCACGGGUUCAUAG